UAAAACAGUUUUGAAUAAUUUAACGUAUACAUAUAAGACGGUGGCAUGAAACUUUCGGAAGGCAUAAAUCCGCCAUUAUGACAUCAAAAAUCACUCGGUUUUUAAAAACUGGAAUGGUGGCUAACGGUACUUGGCGCCUAAAGCUCACCGACAAUAAAUUGUUGCAAAAAUUGUACCGGUUGCAUUCGGGGUUUUGUCAAAUUACCUUUUUUGGCUUUAUUGGUGGAUUGGUUUUGAACCUGCCCAAUUUGGUAAAAAAGGGGGAUUUGCAAAUUUUAACUGAAAACAUCGGAUAUACGGUUUAUUUGCUUGUUAUGCUCAAUAAAAUCAUGAUUUGCCAAUCUAAGGAGGUACAAGAGUUAAUUGUCCAAUGCGUUACAGAAGAGGAAGAUAUUUUUAGAGAGACUUCUAGGCAUAUACAGAAGGGGUUUGCAAAAGGAACCAAGGUAAAAGAUAGAUUUAUUCAAUAUAUUAAUGCUUUAUAAUUUAAAUUUUAUAAUCAUUUUUAAUUUAAAUUUUGUUUUUGCUUUAUUACAAGUAUGCUCUAAAUUGCCAAUUUUUUAAAGAUUUUACAUCGAAUAAACGCGUUCGUUGUCAGUGUGAGCUUGGUGGCAUGUUCUGCAUUUUUCGUCGCAAAAUACCCAGAAUAUUUGGAAUAUCGGCAAUACGAUUCGACUGUGGAUAAGCCGUUGAUUAUACCCAUUUGGUAUCCCUUUAAUCCCAAUGAGUAUUAUGGAAUUGCGUUUAUAAUAGGUUCUCUAUUCUGCUUGGUGGCAUCCAUUUUCAACGUGGUGACCCAAGUGUUCUUUAUCACCCUUAUGUCCCACAUCGCUCUUCACAUAAAAGCCCUUAAAGCUAAGUGCACGAGUUUCCAUUUGUUUCGUGCCUAUGUUAGUCCUGAAGAGCACGAUUCUAUGGUUUACGCGGAGCUUAAAGCCAUAUGCAUAAAACACCAGUCUAUUAUAAGUUUCAUAGAUAAGUUAAACAUGUGUGCCAAGAACGCGCUGUUACUGGAAUUCAUAUUAAACUCGCUUAAUAUAACUACCAUUGUGGUUCAAAUUUUAGUGAUGGAGAACCCGCCGGCAAUGAUAUUCUUUUGUGUACUUUUCUGUAGCGUUCAAAUAGCGCAACUCUUCUUAAUGUCAUGGCAUGCCAACGAAAUUGAGUUCCAGAGUAUGUCAAUCAGCGACGCCCUCUUUCAAAGCAAAUGGUACGAACAAACCCCGAAAGCUAAAAAGUUGAUCCACAUCAUGAUGAUGCGCUGCAUGCGACCGUUAAAUGUAUUUAUUGGCCCCUUUUAUCCAAUGUCUCUUAGAACUGGCAUCGCUACUAUGAAGGCCGCUUACUCGUUGCUUGCCCUAAUUCUGACGUUGGCCGCAGAAAAACCGCAAUAAGAGGAUCAUUUUUGGUUAUGUUGGAGAAAAAAAACCAAGAAAAAUUUAAAUCUCCUUUUAUUUUCCCCACAUAUAGAUAAAUAGAUAUAUACAGAACA